AUGUAUGCAAGUAUUGGAACUCCCCCCGACAUCACACAUGCAGUGAGCCGGGCAAGCCAGUUUGCAAUUAACCUUGGGAGGCAACACAGGAAUGCAGUCAAAAUAAUCUUAAGGUACUUAAGAGGUACAAGUUCAUUAAAGUUGGUGUUUACAAAGUCAAAAGGUACGACUUUGGAAGUUUUCUGUGAUGCCGAUUGGGGAUCAUAUGAGGAUGACCGUCGUUCCUAUACAGGAUACUUGUUCCUUUUGGCAGGCGCAGCCGUUAGCUGGGUGAGCAGAAAGCAACCCACUGUUGUCCUAUCCACCACUGAGGCACGGCACUUACAGAAACUGCAAAAGAAGCUUUAUGAAUGA